CGGAAGAGAGUGGAGUAAUGUCGACCGGGAAGCAGCUGAGAAAGCGAAUGUGAGAAAGCGUAAAAGCCAUUGAAUGCUUUCGAGAAUGGAAAAGGUGGUGAACUGCUUCAGCAAACGGCCCGACGCAGCUGCGAGGCUACUCUGCUUUCCCUGGGCGGGUGGAGGUUCUAUCCAUUACGCACGCUGGGGAAACCUCAUCAGCAGCUCGGUUGAAGUUUACGCUGUCAAACUGCCUGGAAGAGAAAGCAGAGCAAAGGAGCCCUUUGCCCAGAGCAUGCAGCAGAUAGUGGAUGAGGUUGUCAGUGCACUGUUGCCAGAGCUGAAGGAGAAGCCCUUUGCACUCUUUGGUCACAGCUUUGGGGCCAUGACCUGCUAUGCCACAGCUGAAUAUCUGAAGAGAGUGCACUGUCUGGAGCCAGUACACCUCUUUUUGUCUGGCGUCUCUGCUCCCUAUUCUGAGACUCGUUUGCGCGCUCCAAAGAAAAGUGAACUGUCAGAUGACGAGUUUCUCCACUGGCUGACUGCUGUCGGUGGAACGCCUCCAGAAAUACUCGCCAACCCAGACAUCCUGAAACUUUUCUUACCCGUCCUAAAAGCUGACCUCCAUGUUGUGGAGAGCUACAAGUGUUCCAAGCCUGAGAGCCCUUUCCUGUCUUGCCCUGUUACGUGUUUCGAUGGAAAGGAAGACAUUCCACACGACUUACAAGCAUGGAAAGAGAUGACGAGUGGAGAAUUCACAGUGCAGAUGUUUCCAGGAUCUCACUUUUACUUAAAAGACUCAAGUAAUGAGAAAGUUAUCCUGGAUCUCAUCACUAAACACCUUGAGACCGCUGAAAUUGACUACCUUUGAGAAAGUAGGAGCAAUACAAGGAAAGGCGACAGUGCUGAGGAGUUUUCCCCUGCAGAUGGAAAGAAUAUGUUUACCUAGUAUAAUUGCUACCAGCCAUUGGACGAGCGAGACCACA